UGCUCAAAUUUUUCCGAAUAAUUUUUCGGUCUUUUUUUCAGGCCCAAAUGGACUCAAAUUUCACUCCGGAUCAAGUUCCGGAUGUAGAAAGGACAAAUUUAAGGAAUAAUUACCUCGAUGUGGCCACUGAGGCCACCGUUCAAGAAUGUUCCAACCUCGAAAUGGACUCGAUGGACGAGGAGGAAAUUCCCAGCCUGAUUAAAAAUCAACUCCACCACUACGAGGGCGGUGGGGGUGAACCGAGCACCAACAGUGGCAGCGCGUGUCCGUACUCACUACGCAGCAGCACCAGCACUAGUCAGGGUAGCCCGUCGUCGUUGUUUGCCGGCAGCAGUAAAGGCAGCGGCUCGUUGGCCGCCAAGAAAAAGUCCAGCUUGUUGAUCGGUUCCGGUGCCGGUGGUUCAUCCAAGGAAACGAACAAAAAGCAGCGCGAUUCCUCGCCGGUGGACUAUUUGGACGAGGCGAAGCUGCGGGAGUUGACGGCCGCGUGCCAGCGGGACAACUCGGACACGCCGCUGAUCCGAAAUUUCAGUCUUGCAGAAGAAGAGGAACGACAUAUACUCGAACGGCAAGCUGACGACGGGUCUGCCGCCGAUUCACAUCCAGCCACCGUCAAUGGGCUCGGUGCUGGACAUGCUGAACGCAAUCAACGGUAUUAUCUUUGUACAAAUUAGUUCCGAAGAGAUUGCCAACCUGAAGAACGAGAUCGAGAAGCGCCGCGGGAGAAACCAGCGUGGCGCAGGCCAACCAGGAAGAGGUGGACCGCCUGCUGACGGAGACGAUGGCCAAAACGGCAGUCGACAU